AGCGCCACCUGCAAUAUUAAUGUAACGGAUGUGUCACCUAAGCCGAGCCUCCUAAGCCACAUAAACAUUGCUGUUGCAGUGUAACGAAGGUUAUGGGCGACAUAGUAUUAUGCAGAGAAGGAUAUGGUUCGUCUCGUGUGAAGAAAAAUUACGUGUCAACAGACGAUGGACGAUUAUUAGUGGUUGACCAGUCACCGACUGGCACGACAGUCUCUCACUUCUUCAGGUCUGUAUUUCUACCACAAGGUUACCCCGAGAGUGUGAGUCAGGAUUAUCUGGAGUAUCAAAUAUGGGACACAAUACAGGCUUUUGCCAGCAGCAUCACAGGGACCUUGGCCGCCCAGGCUGUACUGAAAGGAGUGGGGGUCGGUGAUGAAAGUGCUACUGUUCUGGCUGCAACUAUGACUUGGAUACUCAAAGAUGGAACUGGGAUGCUUGGGAGGAUAGUAUUUGCCUGGCUUCGUGGAUCUAGCUUGGAUUGUAACUCUAAAAGAUGGAGGUUAUUUGCAGACAUCUUGAAUGAUCUUGCUAUCUGUAUAGAGAUUCUGGCACCAAACUUCAAAAGCAUUUUUACCCCUUUGGUGUGUACUGCAGGGAUAUGCAAGUCCAUUGUAGGCGUGGCAGGUGGCGCAACCAGAGCUGCUUUGACCCAACAUCAGGCCAGACGAAACAAUAUGGCCGACGUAUCAGCCAAAGAUGGAAGUCAGGAGACUUUGGUCAACUUGGCAGCAUUGGUCUGUAAUCUGGCUCUCAUCCCUCUAGUUACUGGCAAACAAACUCUCAUCUGGUUCCUGUAUGUAAUAUUCACCUGUUUACAUCUCUAUGCAAAUUACUCUGCUGUAAAAUGUGUUGUCAUGGAAACAAUGAACCAAUCAAGGUUGAAUCUCAUUGUGAAAGAUCUUCUGGACAGCUCCCACAUUCCAGGUGUAAAGCAAACCAACCAUUCAGAGCCUGUGGUGUUUAGAACUAGAAGAAAAUUGGAAAUUGUCCUUGGAAGUUCUGUAGGAAAACUAUGCAAUAGUGCAAAGGAUCUACAGGAUCUGCUUUUGUUAUACAAAGGAAUGCCAUACCUUCUAGGCCUUAACAUCAAACGAGGAGAAAUAUGUAUAGCACUAUCAGAGGGUUCUACCACAGAAGAUCAGCUACAGAGCUGCUUUCAAGCAGAAGUCAUCAACUAUGUGUACGAAAAUCUUUAUAAAAACAAAACACUUCAUUCCUCCCUGUCACCUAUGGUACAAGCACUGGAAGGUGGUGAUGUGCUUGGUACCUUGACAGCCUCUCUAGCUUACACAAAAUCAACGAUUGUGGCUUUCCGUCAGGGAGUGCUACAGCAGGGCUGGACUGUAGACCCUGUACUCCUCAAUGCCAAUGAGUGGCGUGCCAGAUGGGACAGUAAUGGGGUAACGGACAAGAAGGAGUUCUAGAUCACACUGGAUGAAAGCUUUAUGUCACAAUUUAUUUCUUCUUUGUCCUUCUGAUAAUAAUGACAUUGUCCAUCAUUUUGUGUCAUUCAUAGCCGAAUGCAGGUUUACCCAUCAUUAAUUUAUUCUUGAAUUAAUUUUCAUGGUGGUGUAGAAGAAUAAAACCCAUACUUCUCUGGAUUUUUUUAAAAUCACCUGAAAUUAUUUCUAAUCAUGCAAGUUUUUAAUCUCUGUCUACCAGAAUUACAAAGAACAGAGUUAGCUUUGCAACAAAGUAAUUUAAUAUUAGUAACAUAUGGACAGUGUUACCAUAGCAAUAGAUAUCGGCCACUCAUAAUAAAAUGAAUUUAUAUUUAUUUUUUUACCAGAUAGUGAUAAAAUAUUUCUUUCUUGAUGAAGUGUAAAAAUGAAUAAAAAUGAAUUGAAAAA